GGCGGGGGGCGGCGCAUGCGCGAGGGUCGGCAGCGGGGCAGAGCGGCGCGGGCAGCGAUGGCCGGCGGGGAGCAGCGCAGCGCGCCCGGCGGCCCCGAGCCCGUGGCGCUGAAGAAGGAGAUCGGGCUGGUCAGCGCCUGUGCCAUCAUCAUCGGUAACAUCAUUGGUUCUGGGAUCUUUAUUUCACCAAAAGGAGUCCUGGAGCAUGCUGGCUCGGUGGGACUCGCUCUCAUUAUCUGGGUGCUUGGCGGUGGAGUGGCUGCCCUUGGCUCGCUAUGUUAUGCUGAACUGGGAGUGACUAUCCCCAAAUCGGGAGGGGAUUAUUCCUACGUCACAGAGAUUUUUGGUGGGUUAGCUGGGUUUCUGCUGCUGUGGAGUGCAGUGCUUAUCAUGUACCCUACCAGUCUGGCUGUCAUUGCGCUGACCUUCUCAAACUAUGUCCUGCAGCCUGUCUUUCCUAACUGUAUCCCCCCUUAUAAUGCCUCCAGGAUCCUCUCCAUGGUGUGUUUACUCCUCCUGACCUGGGUGAACAGCUCCAGCGUUCGAUGGGCAACACGCAUUCAGGAUAUAUUUACAGCAGGAAAACUCUUAGCCCUGGCCCUUAUCAUUAUUGUGGGCUUCAUACAGAUCUUUAAAGGAAACUACAAAGAGCUGACACCAAGCAACGCGUUCAAUUUUUGGAUGACUCCGUCUGUGGGGCAUUUAGCUUUAGCUUUCCUUCAAGGGUCAUUUGCGUUCAGUGGCUGGAACUUCUUGAACUAUGUAACGGAAGAACUGGUUGAGCCCCGCAGGAACCUACCUCGUGCCAUAUUCAUAUCCAUCCCAUUGGUGACAUUUGUGUAUACGUUCACCAACAUUGCAUAUUUCACUGCCAUGUCACCCCAAGAGCUCUUGUCCUCCAACGCUGUGGCGGUAACAUUUGGUGAAAAGUUACUGGGCUAUUUUUCCUGGGUUAUGCCAGUCUCAGUGGCCCUAUCUACAUUUGGAGGAAUAAAUGGAUACCUUUUUACCUCAUCAAGGUUAUGUUUCUCCGGUGCUCGAGAAGGCCAUUUGCCAAGUCUGCUUGCCAUGAUCCACGUCAAGCACUGCACACCCAUCCCUGCCCUGCUUGUCUGCUGUAUGGCCACUCUUGUCAUCAUGCUUGUUGGAGACACAUACACGCUAAUCAACUAUGUGUCAUUUAUUAACUACCUCUGCUACGGAGUGACAAUUAUAGGCCUGAUUGUGUUACGAUGCAAGAAACCCAAAAUCUUCAGACCUAUCAAGGUGAACCUCCUCAUCCCCAUCACUUACCUGGCGUUUUGGGCAUUUCUGCUGAUCUUCAGCUUAUACUCCGAGCCAAUCGUCUGUGGAGUUGGACUUAUUAUCAUUUUAACUGGAGUGCCAGUGUUCUUCCUUGGAGUCUACUGGAGAAAUAAACCAAAGAGUGUAAAUAGGCUAAUAGAGUCCAUGACGUGCUGGGGACAGAAGCUGUGUUUUGUGGUCUACCCUCAGGGGGGAGUUGCCGCGGAGGAAGAGGCACCCUCAGCACCCUCGGCCCGCUCUCGACAGCAGGCAAGCGAGACGGACACGAGCAAGUAACGGCGUGGCCUCGGAGGCUGCAGUGGCUUCUUGUUUACAUCCUGGUUUUUGCUAAAA